AUGGUUGCAGCUUCUAAGCUACGUUCAGAUCAGAGAAGACUUGAAAACGGAAUGCCUUUUGCCCUACCAAUGCAGCGCGUUGUCUCUCGCAUAACUAUCCCUGAACCCAAGACUGACCUUACAAUGCUUGUUCUAUCUUCAGACAAGGGUUUAUGCGGGGGCAUUCAUUCAUCUGUAUCUCGCUGCACUCGCGCUGCAGUAGCAGAAGCAGAGGCUUCAGGUCGCGUUGUCUCUCGCAUAACUAUCCCUGAACCCAAGACUGACCUUACAAUGCUUGUUCUAUCUUCAGACAAGGGUUUAUGCGGGGGCAUUCAUUCAUCUGUAUCUCGCUGCACUCGCGCUGCAGUAGCAGAAGCAGAGGCUUCAGGUGAGAAGCCUAGCAGUUUGUGCGUAGUUUACAACAAGUUUGUAUCUGCUGUCUCUUAUAAGACAGUUGUGCAGCCGCUGCUAGCAGCAGGAGGGAUCUCCUCUUUGCUGCCGCAGCAGCUGUCUCUGUUUGAGUUCGAACCCGAGUUAAAAGAUGUGUGGGCAGACUUCUAUGCUUUUUAUCUUGCAUGCACUGUCUACGGGGCGCUGUUAGAUAGUAUUGCUGCAGAGCAAGAGAAGCCUAGCAGUUUGUGCGUAGUUUACAACAAGUUUGUAUCUGCUGUCUCUUAUAAGACAGUUGUGCAGCCGCUGCUAGCAGCAGGAGGGAUCUCCUCUUUGCUGCCGCAGCAGCUGUCUCUGUUUGAGUUCGAACCCGAGUUAAAAGAUGUGUGGGCAGACUUCUAUGCUUUUUAUCUUGCAUGCACUGUCUACGGGGCGCUGUUAGAUAGUAUUGCUGCAGAGCAAGUAAGAAAGGAGACAGCAAUUUAUUGA